AUGGACCGAGGCAACAUGGCCCUCCCACCAACCACUGGGAUGAAUUCCAGCCAGACCCCAGCAGCUGUGAGUGCCGCAUACCUGGCCUCUGCAGUGUUGCUCUUCAUCACCUUCCUGGUGGGUGUGGUGGGGAACGGGCUGUACCUGUGGGUGCUGGGGCUGAAGAUGAGGAGGACAGUGACCACCCUCUGGUUCCUCCACUUGGUCUCCUGUUCCCUCCUCUUCACCCUGCUGAUCCCCUUCUUCAUCGUCUCCCUCCUCAUGGAUUUCCACUGGGUCUUCGGCACGGCCAUGUGCAAGCUUCUCAACACCUGCAUCUCUGUGGGCAUGUUCACCUCUGUCUUCCUUCUCACCCUCAUCAGCCUGGACCGCUACAUCCUCAUUCACCGUCCCAUCUGGUCCCGGCGUAACCGCACCCUCCCCCGGGCUGGGAAGCUGGGCGUGGGCAUGUGGCUGGCCUCCUUUGGUCUCAGUGCUCCGUAUCUGGCUUUCCGGGAGACCCGGGUGGUAGAUGGGGGCAGAAUCAGCUGCAUCAACAAUUACGCCCUCUCCAGAGACUGGAAUGGAGCCGAGCCGCAGGACCUGGGCAGACGGGUCCACCUGGCUGUCUUCAUUGUCCGGUUCCUGCUGGGCUUCCUGCUUCCUUUCUGCACCAUUGUGGUAUGCUAUGUUCGCGUGGGGCUGAAGAUGAAGGAGAAGAAGCUGGUGUGGUCUGGAAAGCCUUUCAAAGUCAUGGUGGCCGCGAUGGUUUCCUUCUUCCUGGGCUGGCUGCCCUACCACCUCUACCACGGCUUGAAGCUCUCCAAGAAGGAGGUGCCAGAGUCAGUGAUGGGUGCUCUCUUGGUCAUUUACACCUUCACGUCCUGCUGCAACGCCUGCUUCACCCCCAUCCUCUACCUUUUCGUGGGGGAGAAGUUCUGGCAGGUCUUCAGGACGUCUCUUGUCACUCUGGUCAAAGCGGCUUUUGUCGACGAUCUCGGCAGCAGUGCCUCUGAGUCUAGUGGAAGACAUGGGUCAGAAGUCGAGAACACAAUACAGUUGAUGGCCUGA